AUGGCGGACGAUAACAAGGGCGAAGAUCUCCUCAUCCCAGAUGAUAAAAGGCGGUUUUCUACGCACGAAGUGACCAAAAGUGUCCGAAUCAAGAAAAUCACUCAAUCUUCCACUCUUCCUGGAUACGACUACACAAAGGGUGAUGAGUCGGAUUAUUGGCAGACAUUCGAAGUUGGAAACGAAUGGAUGAGACUAGACUUUGAAGAAUCCUACCGCAUCGACUCGAUAAAGGUGAGAGGCACGGGCGCUCCGGAAGGACAGAGCUUCGUCCGCAGCUUUCACUUCGAGUACAUCACCGAAGGAGGCAAGAUCCUGCCUUACAUGGACGGCAAGACUUUCCAAGCGAACACUUCCUCCGAUCAAAUCAUUCCCAUCGACCUCGGAGACAUCUACUGCAAAGGACUCAUUAUUUACCCAGAAUCCACCGCGAACAACAUAAUCGCGAUGAAAGUUUGGGUCACCUUCAACAAAGGCGACGUCGCAUGA